GGAGCGUCGUUCAACUUCCGAUCGCAGACAGGCGAGAUACCCUGACUGCCUUGCAUGGUAUGGAUGAGAGAGCAAGAUUCCCUUUAAAGAGACAGUCUGUGAAACAGAAGCGCAUCAUAUAGACGCUGGGAGAUUCCGCCAUCUCUCUAUCACCUUAUCAAAAAGGGAAAGUAUAGCUCUCCUGCCCUUCAAGCGGAAACCGGACGAUUUUUUUUUCGAGGAACAGUCAGGGUGGUUCUUUGUAUUGAAGUUGGAAAAAUUAAUAGUGCGAUGGAUUAACACGAUGUCAAACUGACAAAAAUAGAGAAGUUGAGGGACAGUAUCAGGAGUUUGCAAAGAAAAGAUAUAAACAUCCAGUUUUUAAAAACUUUUUAAGGAUAUAGGACAAUGUACAGUUUGGACGCAAUACACGGGUGUUAGAACAACAUUUAAUCAUUUAUGAUGUUGGUGAUUUUUAUCCUUUUCCACCCAAACUGAAGUGCAUUUUUGUAUUUCGAUUUUCAAAAAGCAUAUAUUACGGUAGGACAAACGUUUUUAUUGCCUAUUCGUUUUAAAAGUUCAUAGGCACUGGAUACUUUUAUGAAUACCGCAUCGCAUAUAAUUUUAUUGUUGCAUUAAGAGCGAUAAAAUGGCAUGACAGUUUUGACUGCUAUGUGCGGAGAUUCAGGAGUUUUCUCCGCAUCAAUGUUUAGAAUUCGGAUGAGUCGGGCCAUGUGAAGUUCUGCGUGGAUGCCAGCGGCUCUGAUACCAGGAGCUGGCUCCAAAACAUCCAGUUUGCUCCGCUGGCCCACCAGCACAACCUGAACCUGUGCCAAGUAGAUGAUCAGAUAUUUUAUAGAGUUACACGUGACAUUCAAGCUGGUGAGGAGCUGCUACUUUUCAUGAAGGCAGAGGAAUAUUCACACGAGGUCAUGGCACCUGACAUUCAUGUGUGUUUUACAUUGUCUGUUGUCACAGAGGAAAGGCAGUAUCGUUGUGAGGACUGUGACCAGAACUUUGAGUCCAGGACAGAGCUGCUGGAUCACCAGAAACAGCCGUGUGGGACGCCACUCUCUGGCUUCUCUUUACCCAACCAGGGGGACGCUUCCCGUAGCCCUCAGGAGUACAGGGACUGUGAUCAGGAGUUGCCAGACAUGCAGAGUCUGGAGACACAUGCCCUGGUCAGUGUGGAGGAACGAGAAUACAAAUGUGACCAGUGCCCUAAAGCCUUUAACUGGAAAUCCAAUCUGAUUCGGCAUCAGAUGUCACAUGAUAGCGGCAAGCACUACGAGUGUGAAAACUGCUCAAAGCAGGUGUUCACAGACCCCAGUAACCUACAGAGACACAUCCGCUCACAGCAUGUGGGGGCACGCGCACAUGCCUGCCCCGACUGCGGCAAGACUUUCGCCACAUCGUCGGGCCUCAAGCAGCACAAGCACAUCCACAGUAGUGUCAAGCCCUUCAUAUGUAAGUCAGUCAGAAUCUUCAUAUGCGAGGUGUGUCACAAGUCCUACACACAGUUCUCCAACCUGUGCCGCCACAAGCGGAUGCACGCCGACUGCCGGACACAGAUCAAGUGCAAGGACUGCGGCCAGAUGUUCAGCACCACAUCCUCACUCAACAAGCAUCGUCGUUUCUGUGAGGGGAAGAACCAUUUUGCCACAGGAGGCCUAUUUGCGCAGGGGAUGUCACUCCAGGGUGCCGCCGUGCUGGACAAAGCAGGAAUUGCUGGGAUGACUCACGGCAGCCCUGGAUUGACAGACUACUUUGGGACUAACAGACACCACAGCAGCCUGACAUUCCCCACGGCUCCCAGCUUUCCCUUUAGCUUCCCUGGCCUUUUCCCCUCUGGACUAUACCACCGACCGCCACUCAUUCCCAGCACAUCCCCAGUGAAGGGGCCGUCAGGUUUGGAACAUCCAGGUAACAACCCCUUAAUGCCGUCGCUGCAACAAUGCCCAGGUGACCGGGACCUGAUCAAAGCGCUAGAUAAAGAGUCCCCUCUUGAGCCAUCUAAGGUCACGAAACUCCAGAUGGAGGCAUCCUCUGAGCCAAGGUGUGCCGCUAAACUGAGUGACCAAUCAGAGAGCAGUGACCUGGAUGAUGUCAGCACCCCGAGUGGCAGUGAUCUGGAGACCACAUCUGGCUCAGAACUUGAGAGUGACCUGGAGAGUGACCGAGAAAGGACUCGGGACAAUGGCAAAGUGACAAAGAGAAAGUCUGGAAGCCCCCAAACCCUGCCCUUAGUUAAUAACAACAACAAGGAUUUCAUCGGCAACAGCCUCUUUCCACAGACUCUGGAUGAGCACACAGCUGUUUCUGGUGCAGUCAAUGACUCCAUCAAGGCCAUUGCUUCAAUCGCAGAGAAAUACUUUGGAUCUACGGGGCUCACUGGACUGCAAGACAAAAAGGUGGGUGCAUUGCCAUACCCAACCAUGUUCCCCCUUCCCUUCUUCCCAGGCUUUUCACCACCCCUCUACCCUUUCCCUGAGAGAGACCUGCACCCAUCCACUGUAAAGGGAGAGUCUCAGUCUCCCCCGGCCGAGGCCAAGAAAGGCCAAAGCAGGAACUCUGAUUCACCAUUUGACCUCACUACCAAACGCAAGGAGGAGAAACUCACUCCCUUUCCAUCCUCAAAGCCUGACGUGUCACAAGCAGCCAGUCAGGACCAGCCGCUGGAUCUAAGCAUGGGCAGCAGGAGUCGCAAUGGACCUGGCCUGACAGACCCAGACUCAAAGAAGAGCCACAUGUUUGGAGAGCAGAAGGCAGAGACGGAAACACAGAAAGCAGACUCCUCAUUGCAACAUGCUCGGCCCACGCCCUUCUUCAUGGACCCCAUUUACAGCAGGGUUGAAAAGAGGAAGAUCAGUGAUCCGUUUGAGGCCCUCAAGGAGAAGUACAUGCGGCCAGGUCCCGGAUUCCUCUUUCACCCCCAGUUUCGUAUGCCCGACCAGAGAACAUGGAUGUCAGCCAUAGAGAACAUGGCAGAGAAACUGGAGACGUUUAACUCCCUCAAACCAGAAGCCGGUGACCUCAUGCGUUCUGUCCCAUCCGUUUUUGACUUCAGGGCCCCCCCAAGUACUAUCCCAGACACCCUGUUGCGUAAGGGCAAGGAACGCUACACAUGCAGAUACUGUGGAAAGAUAUUCCCACGCUCUGCUAACCUGACGCGACAUCUGAGGACACACACAGGGGAGCAACCAUACAGGUGUAAAUACUGCGACCGGUCCUUCAGCAUUUCAUCCAACCUGCAGCGGCACAUCCGCAACAUCCACAACAAAGAGAAGCCUUUUAAAUGUCACCUGUGUGACCGAUGCUUUGGCCAGCAAACCAACCUGGAUCGCCAUCUGAAGAAGCAUGAGAACGGGAAUCUCUCAGGCACGGCCAUGUCGUCUCCCCAGUCUGAGCUGGACAGUAGCAGUGCCAUCCUGGAUGACAAAGAGGACUCGUACUUCACUGAAAUACGAAACUUCAUUGGCAACACGGGCCAAAACCAGCCAUCCCCCGAGCAAUCAGAGGAAGGGAUGAACAGUAGUCAGUUUGAGGAAGAGAAGGCUCUGCUGCCCAGCCAGGAAUCACAUGACCUGGAGGAAGAGGAAGAACAAGAGCUGGACAUCAAUGAAGAGGAGAGGCGACAUGAUGAUGCCGGGGGCAAGUCUGCGAAUGAAGCCUUCCCCAGCCGCCUGGAAGAUGACGUCAUUCACAGCGAGACUGAAUUUGAAGAAGCAAAUGAAAAUGACCUGAAUUUCAAGGCCUUCCCAAGGAGGUUUGAGGAUGAUGAAGACCAGAGCGGGUUCUCAGCACUGGAGCAUAUUCGCCACAUUUCUAACAUGCGCAAGAUAGAGGAGAGUGAGUUCAGCGACAGCGAUGCUGGCUUCAUGAGCAGCCACCUCCCAGAUGCCAUUAAACCGCCACUCUACAGGAAAUCCAAGUCCCAGGCAUAUGCCAUGAUGCUGUCUCUGGCUGACAAGGACACCCUCCAUGCAGCCUCUCAUGCUUCAUCCAACGUGUGGCACAACCUGGCCAGGGCAGCUGCGGAGUCCAGCCAAGUAUGAUAGACCCACAUGCCGACCCGACCCAACCAGCUGCACUGGAGCGAACCAUCUAACAGACCACUGAACAGAAAGCCUUACACAUUCGUAUGGUGACCUCUCCCUCUGUAAACUGAAAUCAAAUAAAAAAACAAAAGAACAAAAUAUAUUGUGACCUUAAAUGAUUGCAUAAAAAAUGGUGAAGGUAAUCGUGAAAAAUGAUAAUAAUAAGUAAUUAUUAUUUAUUGUGUUUAGUUGUAAUGUUUUGCACAGCAAAGGCAGCUGGUAAUUCAAAAGAGCAAUGUAAUGUUAAUGUAACAUUGACAUAACAUUGCUAAUUAGUAUAAGUGCAAAGAUAGGGUCUGUCAAGCUGAGAGUCUGCUUCAAAACUGAAAUUUUAACGUUAACCUGAGCACUCCUUCUACUAUUUGUGUAUAUUUCCCCCUACAUAAGGGCAGGGGUCCAGGGGGAUCCAUUACUGUGUAGCUUUUAAAAUGCAUUAGAGUGCGGCCCCCUUUAACGUCAGCAGAAGUACAGCUUUUGUAACACAUUUGCAAAAGCUCAGUUAGCAGAAUGAAUGAAAUAAACAAACAAACAAAUAAGUAAAUAAAACUAAAUAAUAGAUACAUUUAAAACAACUUUAUCAGAACACCAAUUUAAAAAAUCCUUUAAACUCAUUCCACUGUAUGUUGUAACAAUAAGAGCCAGUACCACCGAUAUCUGCACAAUCAAAUCAUUGUCUGAAAUUGUCUAGAAAUUGUUCAGUACUGCACUCUUUCCCAGCAUACUUAACUUUCUGUGAACUGAAAAAACUUUUUAGUGGAAUCAACUUUUUUAAAGAAAAAGUAGCAAGUACUAAUGUUUAUUACCAUUUAGUGAAUGGCACCUAUAAAUCCAACCUCCUCCUAUUCAGUCAAUGCAACCACUAGAUAACCUGAAUGCUAGUCGUUGGCCACCCUGUUUUCGUGUCUCUUGUCAUUUUUAGACAAUCAUGUUUUACUUUCAUUGUUGUUGAUGUUAUUGUUGUGUAUGUUGGGAAUUGUAUUUAUUUCUUGCUGACCUGUAGUUUGUUUACGGAAUAGCACUGCUCUUAUCCCAGUGGACAGGAGAUUCCUCCCUGGAUUUGAUUCAGAAAUUAAUGGGUUUGUAGAUUUACAAUACCAUGAAAGCUGGGUAGUGUUACAUAUGGCAUUCCCUCUGUAUUCCUCUAAUGAAAAUGGUUGAUGAAAUAGAUAUUACUUAGGUUUUUUGUAAGACAAUUUAUUGAUUCAACUGUAAAAAAAGAGUUAAAAAUAGUAGGUAUUAUUUCCUCAUAACCGCAUGAUUGGUCUGGAUAUAACUGUAUCUGAUAUUUUUUACGGUUGUCUGCAAGCUUGUGUGAUGUUCAGUCCAUGUUAAUCCUUUGUGCCAAACCUAUUAUAAAUAACAGAUUAUAUUCACAGAUUUUCUUUCCCAUGUUGAGGGACCAGAUUUUUUCCUGUUUUGUUGUUGUUUAUAAUAUCAUUUUAAAAGUAAUCAGCAAGUUGAGGUACUUUGUUUUAAUGCUUUCUACAAUGUAACUGUAUGCAUUUCAAUACAAUACUAUGGGAGGAGCAACUAAAAAAAUAAAGGACUACAUUGUGGGAAGACUGGC